AUGACCCGCAUCUACGCCGCGGGAUUUGACCGUGGGUAUCCCAACGAGAGGGACCCACAUCAACUAGAAGCAGGAGGCCAUCGUCCAGUUUGGUCGGCAAAGUACAGCUAUUUAGCCGACGAAAGCCCUGACGAUAUUGCGAGACUAAUACGAAUUUUAUUACCUCAAGGUGAACGACAACGGUAUAGAGCUUUCGCAGUUCAAAACGGAAACGCUGAGUUACCCGACCCGAUAUUCCUCGCUGUUCAUACUGCAAUCGCGAAGUUUCUCUCCAUGACAGCCCGCGCUGAGUUGGUCGACAAAGUUCUAAUGGAUUAUAAGCAGUGCGACAAAUUCGCUUCAGAUGGCACAACAGACGUGUCCGCUCUGCUUGCAGUCAGCGGGUUAUCAUUGCUAGCUGAAAGCAUUGAGAAUAUAGGGAAGCAAGUACAACCCAGCGAUCAGAAAUCGACAAAUACAAACAUACAAGCCUCCUCCCAAUCAAACACGCUUAAAGGAACGCAAGUACAGGGGAAAGAUUCUCAUACCGAGAAUUACUGA